AUGCUAAAGUUGAACAAUGAGUGCCUUCUCACUCUCUGUGGUUUCCAUGGUACUAAUUGUCAGUGCCUUUUGUUGCAGGCAGAAUACUUCUAUGAAUUCCUGUCCUUGCGCUCCUUGGAUAAAGGCAUCAUGGCAGAUCCAACUGUCAACGUCCCUCUGCUGGGAACAGUGCCUCACAAGGCAUCAGUUGUUCAAGUUGGUUUCCCAUGUCUUGGAAAACAAGACGGGGUGGCAGCAUUCGAAGUGAAUGUGAUUGUGAUGAAUUCUGAAGGCAACACCAUCCUCCAGACGCCUCAAAAUGCCAUCUUCUUUAAAACAUGUCAGCAAGCCGAGUGCCCAGGAGGGUGCCGAAACGGAGGCUUUUGUAACGAAAGACGCGUCUGCGAGUGUCCUGAUGGAUUCUUCGGCCCUCACUGUGAGAAAGCCCUUUGCACCCCACGAUGUAUGAAUGGCGGACUUUGUGUGACCCCUGGUUUCUGCAUCUGCCCACCUGGAUUCUAUGGAGUCAAUUGUGAUAAAGCAAACUGCUCGACCACCUGCUUUAACGGAGGGACCUGUUUCUACCCUGGAAAAUGUAUUUGCCCUCCGGGACUAGAGGGAGAGCAGUGUGAAAUAAGCAAAUGCCCACAACCCUGUCGAAACGGAGGUAAAUGCAUUGGUAAAAGCAAAUGUAAGUGCUCCAAAGGUUACCAGGGAGACCUCUGCUCAAAGCCUGUCUGCGAGCCUGGCUGCGGUGCUCACGGAACCUGCCAUGAACCGAACAAAUGCCAGUGUCAAGAAGGCUGGCAUGGAAGACACUGCAAUAAAAGGUACGGAGCCAGCCUCAUGCAUGCCCUGAGGCCAGCAGGCGCCCGGCUCAGGCAGCACACGCCUUCACUUAAAAAGGCCGAGGAGGCGCGGCGGGACCCACCUGAAUCCAAUUACAUCUGGUGAACUCCGACAUCUGAAACGUUUUAAGUUACACCAAGUUCAUAGCCUUUGUUAACCUUUCAUGUGUUGAAUGUUCAAAUAAUGUUCAUUACACUUAAGAAUACUGGCCUGAAUUUUAUUAGCUUCAUUAUAAAUCACUGAGCUGAUAUUUACUCUUCCUUUUAAGUUUUCUAAGUACGUCUGUAGCAUGAUGGUAUAGAUUUUCUUGUUUCAGUGCUUUGGGACAGAUUUUAUAUGAUGUCAGUGGAUCAGGUUAAAAUUUUGUCUUUUCAGUGUGUAGUUGGCAGAUAUUUUCAAAAUUGCAACGCAUCCAUGGUGUCGAGGGGCUGGGAAACAUUAGAGAGGUUAAAUUGGGCAAAAAUGCAUAAAUCACAAGGGUUUGGAUGAAACCUUUAGUAGUGUUAAAGUUACAGCAUUUCAAAUUUCAUCAUCAUAUAUUUAGAUAUUUGUCGCAUUUUUAAAUUGCCCUUAUUUUUAAACUCUCAAAUACAACAUAUUUUGACCUUUCCAUUCUUCCAGAGAAUUCAGUAUUAAAAAAAAUAUUACACUGUGGUAGUGGCAUUUAAACAAUAUAAUAUAUUGUAAACACAAUGAAAUAGGGAAUAUAAUGUAUGAACUUUUUGCAUUGGCUUGAAGCAAUAUAAUAUAUUGUAAACAAAACACAGCUCUUACAUAAUAAACAUUUUAUACUGUUUGUAUGUAUAAAAAUAAAGGUGCUGCUUUAGUUUUCUGA